GCUGCGCAUGCACAUAUGUUCCACGGUACUCGGUCAUGUUGCGCAUUGCCAGGCGUACGCAUGCGCAGCUGCAUUACGCUACUUGUGCAGCUGUGACACUAUUUGGCAAUGCUGCGCAUGCGCGUAGCCUUGUUUGGGGAAAAUUUUGAAUGUCGGCGCAAUAUCUGGGCGAGUAAGGAGAACUGGUACUGUGUUAUUCUAUCCGCCUCUCACAUGCAGCUGUAAACAACAAUAACAUGGAUUCUAUACGAGGGGAGGAUAUGACUUUACCGCUGGAUUUUAACAACAGUGCACAGAUAUCUAUGUUGUUUGAUGCUGCAGAAGGAGGGCCUCAGGAUCAUUUUACAGGCAGUAGCGGUUUUGGCAGUUACAUUAAUAAUAGACUGUCUGUGAACAGGGCCCACACAAUGAAGGAUUUUGAGAUGCAAAUAGCUGACUUGAAAAAAGAAAACUUCAACCUGAAGCUUCGUAUUUAUUUCCUGGAGGAGCAAGUCCAACAGAAGUGUGACAGCAGCAGUGAAGAAUUGUACAGAAUGAACAUUGAAUUAAAAGUUGAAGUUGAAAGUUUAAAACACGACCUUCAGGAGAAACAAAACCUUCUUGUCAAAGCUUCGAAAGCAGUGGAAAGCCUUGCUGGCGACAGUGGCUCCAAGAUUCAGCGACUUAAAGAAGAGAGUUUGAAGCAACUGCAGGAAGUGGAAAAUUUACUAAACCAGAAAAUACUUUUGUUACAAAAGGAAGUAAAUGUUGCAAAUGAGGAAGUGGAGAAAAUUGGUGCGUUGUUGGACCAAGAGCGACUUAAGAGAAUUGAUGCUAAUGAGAAACUUUCAUCAGUUGAAGAACUUCAUGUUAAGGAUAUUGCUGAGCUGGAAGAGAGAGACGGGAUAAUACAACAAUUGAACAUUACCCUGCUGAAUAAAGAAGCUUUAAUUAAUGAGCUUGAGAAACAUUUAACUUCUGGAGCGCCAUGUGACAACUCUACAGAUAUGUCCUCCAAACCAAAUGAGCACUUGUUCAAGAACGAUAUCACAGAAGAGCACCUGCUUCAGUCUCCUGUCCUUAAACUGGAUACAGGUGUUGAACGGGGCAGAAAGUCAGGAGGAGGAGGAGGAGAGAAGAUGUGGAAUACCAUCUGUGAACUUCAGGAGAAACUUAAAGAAAUGGAUAACUCUCUAAGUGACUAUAAACUGAUGCUCCAAGAGAAAGAAACCGAAAUUGCUCUUCAUAAGAAAAAUGCAUUAAAGAGGGAUAAGACUAUUCAAGGUCUUACUGUGGCUCUAAAAACAAAAGAUAAAGAGAAUGAUGAGCUUUUAAUCGAGAUUGAGAAUCUUAAUGUAGGAUUGGCAAAGGCUAGGGAAUCGGCUCAUAAGGCUCAACUCCAGAACUUUAAGGGUGUUGAAGAUUAUCAUGGAAUUUUAAUAGAAAAAGAGAAGCUUUUAACAAAGCAGCACGAGAGUCUCAUGGAGAAGGAAAGGGAGAACCGAACGCUGCAAGCAACACUGAAAGAAAAGGACACCGCGCUGAACGACUUGCACCAAGACAGAGAACAAUUAAAGAAAGACCUCGAAGAGGCCCAGCAACAGAAAAGCAGUAAUGACAAGACUAUUAAUGAUCUCAAGAACCAGUUGGAGAAAUUAAACAAUGAAAUGCGUGAGAAAGAAAACUCAGUGCAGCUUCAUUAUAACAUAAUCAUUAGCGAGCACAGUCAGAAGGUUCUUGAUCAGGAGCAAGUGAUUAAACAACUUACAGAUGACCUGAAUCAGAAGAGCGAGGAAUCUCAGGAGUCCAAAGAGAAGCUAGAAAAAUAUAGGCACUGUGUCUCUGACUCAAUAGACCGUAAAGAAGAACUGGAGUAUCUGAAGAAAGAGCUUGAUAGCAAAGAGGAAUUUAUUACCAAGCUCAAUCUUGCCAUCCAAGAAAGUGAACUUGAGACAAAGCAACUUGUGAAGAAAUGCAAAAAUCUUCAGCAGAGCAAGGAUGAUUUCGAAAAAAAGGCUGCGUAUCAGAUCAAAGAGAGAGAUUUUAUUAUCACAGAACUGCAGCAGCUAUUGAAAAGCAAAGAGCACGAGGGAGAGAAGGAGCCCGAGUACAGGCAGCUAUUUGCAGCAUUGAAAGCAGAACAAGAGAUGUAUUCCCAGCUAAUAAAAUCUGCAAAAGGAGCUGAAAGCCUGCAGAAGGAGCUUGACACCAUAACUCUCCUGCGCAGGCGUCUGGAAGCCGAUAUUCAGGAAUAUCAAGAGUUACAGAAGAUGUUAAAGCAACAAAUCAUGGCAGCAAAGUGGAGAGAAAGCGAUACGUUUUCAUUUCUUGGUGAUCAGACUUCCUAUUUUAGUAUAUGCUUAGAAAACAUAGACCAACACGCUGACCAUCUCUCAGUGGAGGAGCUUAGGGGAAAGGUGGCAGAACUUAUGCUACUGAUUAAAGAAAUGCAGUCAAAUGAGGUUGUAAACAAAGAUCCAGAAUACAGCUGUAAUGUUCUUAAUAAGGAAACCCAGACCGGCUCUUCAGAUGAUUGGGGGUUCAAGGAAUUGGGGGGUUUCAAGCAAGUGGUGGAAUCUCAGCAAAGUGGGACCUUGCUGGAGCUUCAAGUGUCUCCAAACAAAGAGCCAGUAUCUCAUGAUAAUGCCAGUGACAUUCAAACAAACAUUACCAAGGUUUUGUCACCUGUGAGAAGCUUAAUAACAGAAGGGAAUCAUAAAUGUGAGGACCUGGAUAUGUCUGGAGAAGAAGUACAAAAGCAUAUUAAUCCUAUUUCCAGUCAUGAUGAUCUUAUUUCCGGGAUAAAACCUCUUACUGGGAAACAAAUGGAGAAUGUGACUGAAUCUGAAGAUUUUUCUAUAAACUGUGAUGACAUAAAUAUUGAAAAUCUUAAAAAUAUAAUUAUUCAACUCAGAAAAGAGUUGAAAUAUCUUAAACAGAACUCUUUGCUUGAUACAAAGCAGGAUAUUUGCUUUGAAGAUAACCCGGAUGCCCCUUUAAAUAUAAGCAAGCUAAAAAUAUCCGAUUUCCACAAUUUAAAUACAGAAGAUACAGAAAUGGCUCAAGAGAGAGCUAAAACCGGCAGAGUAAUAGACACAAUGAAGAGCGGUCUUAACUCGAUGAAUGAUGGACGUAAUAAUAUGCAAAGAAUUAAAGAGGAAACUAGAAUGACAAAGUCUGCGAAGAAAUCCCGUAUUCCCAUUCUGAUAAAACCAGCAUCUUACUCAAAGCCCGACGGCGAGACUCCCGGGAUGUUCUGCGCUGUACGAGAUUGUAUCAAGCUUCAAAAGGAGCUGGAGAGCUGCCAGAUAGACGAUCACAGACUGUAUGAGCAGUCGCUGCAUUCUCAAACAGAGACAGAAUCUCUAAGAGAAAAUAAACCGGUGCUAAAAGGAAACGGCACCUUAGAUAAUUUGCAGAAUUCUCAGGAUGGAGAUAAACAUGUUGCAGAACCAUUUUCAGAUGAGGACAAUGCAGAUCCAUUCUCACAGUUCAGUCUGAACAAUCCAGAGUUGCGCUACACAGAACAAAGUGAAAGUCGCUUACAGGAACAACUGGAGCUCAGCCAGCUGCAAAAUCAUCUUAUGAUGGAAAAAUUACAGAGAGCUGAGAUAGAGAUUGAGAAACUUAAAGCAAACGAAAUUUUGCUGAAAGAUAUGAGCACAUUGAUUUAUUUGAAUGAUUCUCAUAAAGAACGGGAACCUUUUAACCAGUCAUUUGACGCGGACAAGACUAUAACAAACGUGUCUGAUUGUAAGGAAAUGCAGGAUGUAAAUGAAGAUAAUGAAAAAGAAACCUGCGACGGUGAUAUUCAUUUGAAGAAUAAUAAGGAUCAUAAGAAUGGCCUGAAUAAACCGAGGGACCAUCCCAACAACACAAAAAUAUUACAACAACCUUGUGAAUCAGAAAACCAAACAGAAGCGAAUGAAUUAAAUGAAACACACAGUGAGAUAAGUCUGUUUGCAGACCCCUCUCUGGCCAGGUAUAACCUAUUGGUGCAGUCUCAAGCGCGGGAGCUAUCGGCUCAGAGGCAUCAGAUCAAAGAGAGCCACAGCCUGAGCGUAAUGUGUUGUAGGAACUUUAUUAAUGUCUUGAAAGCCUUUGAGGAGUUGCUGCAGGCCAGCAAUGUGGAUUUCUAUGUUGCAGAAGGUUUUCGUGAGCAGCUAAAUCAAAGUAUAACAUGGAUCCAGAAACUGGAAUACAAACUUGGAAAUGGAGAUUUAGAUACGGAUGCUGAUAUCAAUGAGAAUUUACCUGUACACAGGUACAGUGCUGAGACUCAGCGCGAGCACCUUUAUGAACGGUGCCAGUUUAAGGAAACAGCCCCUAUGUCGCCAUCUCAUCACAUACGCUCUGAGGUUGAAAUAUCUGAGUUCAUUUAUGUAGGAACAUCGUAUCACAAUCAGCAGAAUGUUAACCCGAAACCACCAGAACUGUCGCAAAAUCUGCUAAUUGAGCAUCUUGAUGAAAUUCGAAAAUUGCGACAACGCUUAGAAGAAUCAAUUAAAACAAACGACAUGCUCCGUAAACAGCUAGAACGGCAAAUUACAGAGGCAGAGCAAGGUUCAGGGUACAGUGUCAACAAGGGAGAGCAGUACAGCGAGUUGGUUUCUGAGAUUUAUCACCUGAGGAAGCAAAAUGAAACCUUCCAGUUCCUGCUAGCAAAAGAAUCAAGAGAUAAAGAAAAUAGUGAGUUAAGAGACGCAUUGUCCCAGAAGAACUUGCUGAUUGAGCACCUCACUCAUGAUUGUGAGCAUAUGAAGAGAGACAAUGAGAAGAUGCAGCAAAUUAUCGCUGAUAACGAGAGAGAAAUUGGUCGCCUCUGUCAGGAGCUCUCCAGUAACCACAAGCAAUUAGCGAGGCAGCAGAGUGAAUUGAAUUUGCAACAGCAUCAGAUAGUAGAACAGGAUCAGUUACUUCGAGCACUUCGCAUUGAACUCAAAGUAUACGAACAUUUUAAUGAAAAAGUCCACAAGAAGCCUGAGGUCAAAGUUUCUCAAAAAGGUGUUGGGGAUUGCAAGACCACCCAGCAAGGUAACGAUCACACAAGCUGUCCUGAUCUAAGUGAACUUUUGGAUGAAAUCCAGUGCUUACGUGUACAGCUUGAGCGCAGCAUCAAAGUCAGCCACGCUCUACACGAGAAACUAAAGGAGCAGCUCUCCAGAGAUGCUGAGGGGAAGGAGUUUAUAAAUUAUUACCCUAAAGAGGAUUUCAACAACCACACAGAGAGAAACCAGGGUGCACAUCAUGAAGAAGAAACCUACAGCAAUCAUUCAGCAGAAAGUUCCUCAUACACCCCUUCACGACUGGUGCCUGGGCAUCGGAUGUGGGCUGAUAAACAUGGCCGUCACAUCCUAGGCUUGGUGGAAGACUUUAUCGCAUUACGCAAGCAGAUGUUGGAAGGUGGGGCCAUCUUACAGGAUCUGGAAGCAUAUUUUGAUAAUAAGAUUCCUAAUGAUCUUGGGAAUAUUUUCGCUGAGAAGAUUGGCAGAGCGCGGCAUUCUCUGGAGGAAGCUAACCGCCUUACCAAGCUUUUGUGGAGAGUGUCCUUACCUAUAAAAACGCUUCAUGCAAACAGCAUAAAUCAGGAUGAAAAACUGAAAAUGGAAAUUAUUCGACUUCGGAAGAAAUAAUUGAACAAGAGAAGAAAUUCUCUGGAA